AUGUGUUCACAAUCUGUGAUUGCAGGAGACACAAGAAACUUACGAGAUCUUUAUCCAGAAAUCGAACCGUACAAAACUGGUAUGUUAAAAGUCUCGGAUAUUCAUACAUUAUAUUAUGAAGAAGUUGGAAAUCCAUCCGGUAAGCCAAUUGUGUUUGUUCAUGGUGGACCAGGCAGUGGCACGACUGGACGUGAACGACGAUUUUUUGAUCCGCAAACAUAUCGAAUUCUUCUCUAUCAUCAACGUGGUGCUGGUAGUUCAACACCAAAUGCAUGUCUCGAACAAAAUACUACAUGGGAUCUGGUUGAUGAUAUAGAGAAAUUACGAAAACACUUCAAUGUUGAUCAAUGGAUUGUAUUUGGUGGUAGUUGGGGAUCAACGUUAUCGUUGGCUUAUGCUCAAACAUAUCCUGAUCGUGUAAAAGCAUUAAUAUUACGUGGAAUAUUUUGUUGUCGUCGAAAAGAGCUGUUAUGGUUUUAUCAAGAAGGCGCUUCGAUGAUAUUUCCUGAUGCAUGGGACAAAUUCGUAGAACCUAUACCAAUUGGUGAACGUGGUGAUAUGAUAUCAGCAUAUCAUCGUCGUUUAACUGGAAAUGAUGAAAAAGAAAUAUUAAAAGCAGCGAUUGCAUGGACGAUAUGGGAAUUAUCAUUAUCACGUUUGUAUGUUGAUCCAUCACAUGUAGCUCGUGCUAUUAAUGAUACUAAAUAUGCCAUUGCUUUCGCUCGUAUCGAAUCACAUUAUUUUGUACAUGGUGCAUUUAUGGCUGAAGAUGGUCAAUUAUUGAAAAAUGCUGAUAAAAUCAAAGAUAUACCUGGUGUUAUCAUUCAAGGAAGAUACGAUGUAGUUUGUCCGGCUUUCACAGCAUGGGACUUACACAAAGUAUGGCCGAAAGCAGAAUUUCAUUGGGUUGAUGAUGCUGGUCAUUCAAUGAAAGAAGUUGGAAUUGUUGAUCAACUGAUUAAUGCAACAGAUAAAUUUCGAAACUUGUAA